AAUCGAUUUUUUAGACGGCAAAAUUGAAGUCUAUACAUAGGCCAAAAGCUACUAGCACCUUAAUAAGCCUUUGACUCAAAGCUACCAUCUUUCGCAUACGAAAAGCAACCCGGAUCCCACUUAUUUUGUGCCAUGCGGGCAAUUGAAGGUCGGAUCAAGAGGGAAGAGAGAUAUAAAACUCCUAAGCAGAUGGGCUUGCUAUAAGUCCAAUCCUCCAUCUUGGUAGGAUUCAUUCGCUCAUUCGCUCAUUUGCUUUGUUUGCUUUGUUUGCUUCGCAAUGUCGCAGAAGACAGCCGGAGGCAAGUCUUCGUCAACCUUCCACUUUGGUGCUGGGCUCGGCUCUGGCACAUUAAGCGCUGUACUUCUACAGCCGUUCGAUCUUCUUAAGACACGCGUGCAACAGUCAGGUUCACAUUCAAUCAGAGCUGCUAUAAGAGAGAUUGCCAAGUCUCCAAAUGCAUUAACUGCCUUCUGGAGGGGCACGGUCCCGUCAGCCCUGCGGACGGGUGUCGGGUCGGCCAUCUACUUUACCACCUUGAAUAAGAUUCGGCAGCGUGCAACGGCCUUUCCGUUCGCUACGGUUCCGGCCGUUGAUAAGCAUGGGUCUUCUUCUUCUUCACUGCCGAAACUUUCUAAUACCGCGAACAUGGUAUCCGGAGCCGUCGCCCGAGCUUUUGCGGGUUUCAUCCUCAUGCCACUGACGGUUAUCAAGGUACGCUACGAAUCAAAUUUAUAUUCAUACAGGUCGAUUGCCGGCGCUGCAAGGGAUAUAUACAGAACCGAACGCAUCCCCGGAUUCUUUGCCGGCUUUGGCGCCACCGCCCUUCGAGACGCCCCGUAUGCUGGGCUCUACGUUCUUUCGUAUGAACAAUUCAAAAAGCGACUUAGUGCCUGGCUUUAUGUAAGCCCGGCUAUCACUCACGGACAGGCUAGCCUGGGGAUGGGGAGUUCUCUGUCUGCUACCAUUAACUUCAGUUCCGGUGCACUCGCUGGCGCAACGUGUUCCUUCAUAUCGAAUCCGUUCGACGCCGUCAAGACACGCAUACAGCUGCAACCCCGCCAAUACCGUAACAUGGUUCAAGCGUGCCGCAAGAUGAUCACGGAGGAAGGUGUACGGUCACUCUACGACGGACUUGCUCUGCGCAUGACGCGCAAGGCGAUAAGUUCUGCAUUGGCUUGGAUGGUAUACGAAGAGUUGAUUCGGAGAGCAGAGACUACGCUAUAUUCGAAAGACGCAAAAGGGCAUGUAUGAUUACCAAGCCGGCUACGUAUAAAAAAAAGCUAUAUCCAAAAU